AUGCUUCUACUCCUAGAUGUUAAGCCUCUGCAGCCUAAACAGGUCCAGGAAUCCUCCCCUACGAAGGGUGGCAUCCCUGCCAUGGAGGAACCCUCCUUGACAUCUUGUGAGGAAGGCUACUAUCUGGUGAAGAAAGGAGAGACGUUCAAUGGAAGAUACCACGUGGUCCAAAAUCUGGGCUAUGGGUAUUUCUCAACAGUCUGGCUUUGCCAAGACACUGGGAAAAAGAGGUGCGUGGCUGUGAAGGUACCCAAAGGAGGGGAGAAUUUUGCUGAGGCAGCCCUAGAUGAAGUUAUGCUCCUUCGCUGUGUCAACAGCAAGAGGAGGAAAGACCAAGGCAGCGAUCACAUCAUCCACCUCUUGGAUGACUUCAAGAUGAUUGGAGAAAAUGGCUUCCAUGUGUGCUUAGUGAUGGAGCUGCUGGGACCUUCACUGCAGACUUUGCUGAGCAUCCGAGGCUCCCAAGGCCUCCCUCUGCCCUUUGUGAAGAAGGCCAUGCGCCAGGUUCUCCAAGGCUUGCAUUUCCUGCACAAGGAAUGUCGCAUCAUCCACACAGAUAUCAAGCCAGACAAUAUCCUGCUGUAUGUCACUGAAGAGAGCCUGCAUAACAUGGUUUCUCUGGAACACAGCGUGGGAGCAAACCAAAAACACAGGACAGGAGGAGAUGGCCCAGCAGCAGUUCUAGACCGUUGCAACCUAAUGAAAAUGGGAGUGAAAAUUGCAGACCUGGGAAGUGCAUGCUGGACCUAUAAGCCAUUCUCCAAAAAGAUCCAGACCCAGCCCUACCGAGCUCUGGAAGUUCUUCUUGGAUUAGAAUACAGCACCCCAGCUGAUAUCUGGAGCACAGCAUGCGUGGCUUUUGAACUGGCAACUGGAAAGCACCUGUUUGAGCCUCAGGCCGGGCAGUAUUUUUCCAGAGAUGAUGAUCAUGUGGCUCGGAUCAUUGAACUCCUGGGCAAAAUCCCACCCAAAAUUGCUUUGCUUUGGAAGCAGACAUCAACUUUCUUCAGCAGACAAGGGGCUCUUCUGCGAAUGUCCUGGAUCUCUUUCUCAGACCUCUACCACAUCCUUCUUGAUAAAUACCGCUGGCCAAAGCCUCAGGCCACCCUGUUUACCAGUUUUCUUUUGCCAAUGCUGGAGUAUGUCCCAGAAAGAAGGGCCCGGGCUGACAAAUGCCUUCAGCACCCCUGGCUCAGCCCCUAG